AUGACAUCACCCGUCACCAUGUCAUUGGGCUUCUUGCAGUCCUCAGUCAAUACCUUCAACAUGCCAAAACUCACCUAUACCAUCGAAAACGCCCCAGGCAAAAUCUACGGCAAGAACAGCAACGAGCUGAUCUUCAAGGAACCGUCAUCGCACGCAAUCAUCUACAGCACGGCGACAACGACAUCCGGCGGUCUAUUGACGAUGGGCGCCAAGAAGAACAAGAAACAGCUCUUCCGCGGGCCGCCCAGCGAGAAGGACGGGGGCGCAUGCGUGGCCACGCUGGACGAGCCGGCAAGCGACAGCGCCGGCAGGGACGAGACGCUCGAGAUGCACCACGUAAAGCUGGACGGGAGCAGCAGCCACGGCACAGAGCCGGCGUCGACGAGGCUGCAGAUCAAAAAGACGUCGUCGUGGGUGCCACUGGCGGGCGGGGACAGGCACGCCGUCACGUUCCGGGAGGAAGGGUACACAUGGAGCGGGAAGGCCCUGCUGAAGAGAGACAGGGACGGGCGGGUGGUGGCGCGGGUGGCGGGGCCCUGGUUCUGGCAGGGGAAGCUGGGGGAUAUGGAGGUGGAUGUUCCUGAGAUGGGGGACGAGGAGGAGCGGCGGAGCCUGUUGGAGAUGGUGCUGGCUACGUUUGUGGCUAGGUGGUGGGGUGAGAGGGUUGUGGGAGAGGAGAGGGCGAAGGAGGCCAAGAGGAUGGAGGAGGAAGCGGCCCAGGCCAAGGCCGUGCAGAAGAAGAAGGCUGCUGCUGCUGUGGAGACCAAGAAGCAGGAGGAGGCGGAGGAGCGGAAAAAGAGGGAGGCGGAGGGGGAGGGUGCGAAGAUGAGCGAGACUGGUGAGCAGCAGGGCACGGGGCCAUGUUUCGGAGAAUAUAUUGCCUACGAGUAUGUCGAGGAGGAGACUGGGACAGCAGGGGGUUGGUGGAGGGAAUGA